CGCGUCGGCAAUCGACAUCAGGAAUUCACCCUCGAAUUCUCCUCUUGGCUUUCAUUUCUCUUUUUUCUGCCGCCGCACACUAGCCAAUUUAGGAAGCUCAGCCAAUUUAGCACAACACUCACGGCUGAAGAACUAUCCCCUUUCUCCCAUCUCCCUCCUCCCGAGACUCACCCACAACGGAACCAUUCCAUAGCUCAGGUCACGCAACAAAGAUCAGGCAUUAAGGAGCGUUGAUGGAAGAUGAUGCAAUUAUGAAGGGAGACAAACUUAUAUUGAGGGGCUUGAAGUUCCAUGGAUAUCAUGGGGUGAAGACAGAAGAAAGGAAGCUGGGUCAGAAGUUCUUGGUGGAUGUUGAUGCAUGGAUGGACCUCCUGCCUGCUGGUAAAUCUGAUAAUUUGUCAGAUACUGUGAGUUACACUGAUAUUUACCGAAUAGUAAAAGAAACUGUGGAAGGGCCUGCUCAGAAUCUUCUCGAGUCAGUGGCUCAACUCAUUGCGUCUACCACUUUUACAAAGCAUCCCCAGAUAUCGGCUGUUCGUGUGAAAGUUGGAAAACCUCAUGUGGCUGUUCCUGGUUCUGUUGACUACUUGGGCGUUGAGAUUCUCAGGCACAGAAGUGUUGACAUACCAAACCGUGCUGCUUAGUCAAGAUGCUUUGAAAUAAGAUUUCUUAAUAAUUCUUUGAAUGUCGAACUUAUUCCCUGGAUAUCUAUAUACAUACAUAUUAUAUGAUAAGAGAACUUAUGCUUGGGAUA